AUGGUGCAAUACUCAUUCACUUGUGUUGCAUUGCUACUAUUAUUAACACACAAAAUUACUGCUUGGUCACCAAAUAAUAGUUAUGUUCCUGCAAAUGUCACAUGUGCAGAUGACAUUGUGCUAGUUAGAGAGGCCAAUAAAUUAUCAGAAAAUGAAACCGAAUGGGUCUCUAAGAGGGACCAAGUUACUAAACCAAUUUUGAAAAGUUUUUUGAACACCCAACUAAGUAAUAUCACUACCAAUUCCUCUUCAAUAAUUGAUACUAUUUUUUCCAAUUCUUCUAAUAUUCCACGUAUUGCAAUUGGUUGUUCUGGUGGUGGAUACCGUGCCAUGUUGAGUGGUGCUGGGAUGUUGAGUGGGCUAGAUAAUAGAACUGAUGGCGCUAACGAACAUGGUUUGGGUGGUAUCUUACAAUCUGCCACAUAUUUGGCAGGUUUAAGUGGUGGUAAUUGGUUGGUUGGUUCUUUAUCCUGGAACAAUUGGACAUCUGUACAAAAUAUUGUUGACACUAUGGGUCAAGAUGAUUCGAUGUGGGAUAUUACUGAUUCUAUUAUUAACCCAUACGGCAUCAAUAUAUUUGCUUCCAUUUCUAGAUGGGAUCAUAUUGCCGAUGCUGUUGAAGCCAAGCAAGAUGCAGGUUUUAAUGUUUCAUUAACUGAUGUCUGGGGUCGUGCCUUAUCAUAUGACUUUUUUCCAACAUUAUACAGGGGAGGUGUUGGGUACACUUGGUCUACUAUUAGAGAGGUCGAUGUAUUCACUAAUGCUGAGAUGCCAUUCCCUAUUUCUGUUUCCGAUGGUAGAUACCCAGGUACUACGAUUGUUAAUUUAAAUUCCACAGUUUUUGAAUUUAACCCAUUUGAAUUAGGUUCUUGGGACCCCACCUUAAGAGCUUUCACCGAUAUUAAAUAUCUAGGUACUAAUGUCGUCAAUGGUACCCCAGUUACCGAAGGUCAAUGUAUUGCUGGUUAUGAUAACGUUGGGUUUUUGUUAGGUACUUCUUCAACCUUAUUUAAUCAAUUUUUAUUGCAAAUGAACACUACUUCUAUUCCAGAUUUUUUGAAGGACAUUCUAACUGACUACUUAACAGGUCUGGCUGAAGAUAACGAUGAUAUUUCUAUUUUUUCACCCAACCCAUUUUAUAAAACCGAAUAUUUCAACAAGAAUGAGACUAGCGGUUCCUUGUCUAAUUCUUCUUAUUUGUACCUAGUUGAUGGUGGUGAGGAUGACCAGAAUAUCCCAUUGGUUCCAUUGUUGCAACAAGAGCGUGGUGUUGAUAUUAUUUUUGCUUUAGAUAGCAGUGCGGAUACUGAAGAGAGUUGGCCAGAUGGUGAGAGUAUUGUUUACACUUAUGAACGUCAAUUCAAUGACGUUGGGUCUUAUUUGGCAUUUCCAUAUGUUCCAGACCAAACAACAAUUAUAAAUGAAGGAUUGACCGAAAGACCAGUGUUUUUCGGUUGUGAUUCUUCUAAUUUGACUGACUUGACUUAUAUUCCGCCACUAGUGGUUUAUAUCGCUAACAAUGAACAGUCCUACCUAUCCAAUAAGAGUACUUUCAAAAUGUCUUAUGAUGAAAAGGAACGUUUAUCCAUGAUUAAAAAUGGGUUUGAGGUCGUCACCAGGAAUAAUUUCACUGAAGAUAAUGAAUAUGGGGCUUGUAUUGCCUGUGCUAUCAUUAGAAGAUCUCAGGAAAGAAUGAAUUUGACUUUCCCUGAUGGUUGUCAAAAAUGUUUCGAUAAGUAUUGUUGGAAUGGUAAAAGAAACGAAACUGCUUUGCCUACUUAUGACUUGCAAAGCAAAGUUUCUUCCACAUCUUUUAUGUAUGAUGACGAUGUCUCUGGCAGUGCUAGUGCUAGUGCUAGUGUUAGUGUUAGCGGUAGUUCUACUGUUACUGCUACUUCUAGUUCAAGUUCUUCUACUAAACAAAAAAACGGUGCUAAUGCCAAUGCCAAUGGAGUUGCCCAAGGUAUAUAUUUGGUUUUGGCUACUGUAUUUAAUUUGAUCGCAUUUGUUUAA